UCGUUUGUUGACGCGGCAAUCACGCUUCGCGGCCAGCUGGGCGUCACUGUCACGUAGCUAUGAAUCGCUAACAGCUUGAGAGAUGCAACAUAACGAUGACAACGCGCCGUCUUUUCUCUCCACAGCCGCUCACAAUGUCCGAAGAAGCUCCAGACGACCUUCUAGACUACGAGGAAGAUGAUCACGACCAAGUCGCCGAGGCGGCGACCGCCAACGCAGGCGAGGCUCCUCGCAAGGACGUCAAGGGCACGUACGUCAGCAUCCACAGCUCAGGAUUCCGCGACUUCCUCCUCAAACCGGAACUACUGAGAGCCAUCGUAGACUGCGGCUUCGAGCACCCGUCUGAAGUUCAGCACGAGUGCAUUCCGCAGGCCGUUCUUGGCAUGGAUGUCCUAUGUCAGGCGAAGAGCGGUAUGGGCAAGACGGCUGUGUUUGUGCUCGCCACGAUGCAGCAGAUGGAGCCGGUCGAUGGCCAGGUGUCGGUCUUUGUCAUGUGCCACACACGCGAGCUCGCAUAUCAGAUCAAGAAGGAGUACGACCGCUUUAGCAAGUACAUGCCAAGCAUCAAGACGGCCGUCUUCUUUGGGGGCAUUAGCAUUCGCAAGGAUGAGGAGACGCUGCGGGCCAACUGUCCGCACAUAGUCGUCGGCACUCCCGGUCGUCUCUUGGCUCUGGCGCAAAGCAAGGUUCUCAACCUCAAGCAUAUCAAGCAUUUCAUUCUGGACGAAUGCGACAAGAUGCUGGAACAGCUUGACAUGAGACGCGACGUUCAAGAAAUCUUUCGGAUGACGCCGCACGAGAAGCAGGUCAUGAUGUUUAGUGCCACGCUGGCAAAGGAUAUCAGGCCUGUGUGCAAAAAGUUUAUGCAAGAUCCGAUGGAGAUAUAUGUCGACGACGAGGCGAAGCUCACACUCCAUGGCCUACAGCAGCACUACAUCAAACUGAAAGACAACGAGAAGAAUCGAAAGCUGUUUGACCUCCUCGAUGUGCUGGAAUUCAAUCAGGUUGUCAUCUUUGUGAGAACCGUUCAACGUUGUAUGGCAUUAGCUCAGCUUCUCAUCGACCAGAACUUUCCGGCCAUCGCCAUACAUCGGCAGAUGAAACAGGAAGAACGGUUGUCUCGUUACCAGUCAUUCAAGGAUUUCCAGAAACGUAUUCUCGUGUCGACCAAUCUGUUUGGACGUGGCAUGGACAUCGAGCGCGUCAACAUCGUUUUCAAUUAUGACAUGCCUGAAGAUUCGGACACCUACCUCCACAGGGUGGGUCGAGCCGGUCGUUUUGGAACUAAGGGUCUCGCUAUUACGUUCGUCAGCGACGAGGCCGACGCUCGUACAUUAAACGAAGUUCAGAACCGGUUUGAGGUUAAUAUCACCGAGCUUCCUGAUGAGAUAGACGUCAACUCCUACAUUGAACAAGACGGUUGAUGGCGACUGAUUUGAACUCGAUGGAUUGUUUAGUGUGUUUUUUGUGAAACAGUGGCAAAAAAAUGUUGAUGUGGCUGCCGUGUGUUAUGACCAUGUUUUAUCUAAAGUAGCAGAUAGCUAAGCCUCGUAA